AAAGAAGAAGAAGAAGAAGAAGAAUGGCCACAUGUCCUCCUUUCGAUUUCUCGGCCAAAUAUUACGACGGUGAUGGAGGCGGAUGCCAGAGGCAGAGCAGCUUCUUCGGAGGCACGACGGUGCUCGAUCAAGGCGUUGGCUAUGCCGUGAUUCUUGGUUUUGGUGCUUUCUUUGCCAUCUUCACAUCUUUUUUGGUAUGGCUAGAAAAACGAUAUGUGGGAGCUCGUCAUACCUCGGAAUGGUUCAAUACAGCCGGAAGAAACUGGACAUGGGCUGCGACCAUACUGCAAAGUUCUAACGUAGCAUGGCAGUAUGGGGUUAGUGGACCGUUUUGGUACGCUAGUGGAGCCACCAUACAGGUGCUGUUGUUUGGUGUGAUGGCGAUUGAGAUUAAAAGAAAGGCUCCUAAUGCUCACACGGUCUGCGAAAUCGUGAAGGCUCGUUGGGGAACCGCAACACAUAUAGUGUUUUUGGUGUUUUGUUUGGCGACAAACGUCAUUGUGACGGCGAUGCUCUUGCUCGGUGGCUCGGCUGUGGUGAAUGCUCUCACCGGAGUGAAUCUAUAUGCUGCAAGCUUUCUCAUUCCUCUCGGUGUCGUUGUCUAUACUUUGGCCGGAGGACUUAAAGCUACUUUUCUUGCGAGCUACGUUCACUCCGUUAUAGUUCACGUGGCUCUAGUCGUCUUUGUAUUUCUGGUCUACACAUCGAGUAGUGAGCUUGGGAGUCCGUCCGUGGUCUAUGACCGACUAAGAGAUAUGGUCGCUAAGUCAAGGUCAUGCUCUGAGCCGCUCUCGCAUCACGAUCAAGCUUGCGGUCCGGUUGAUGGCAACUUCCGAGGCUCCUAUCUCACCAUGUUGAGCUCUGGCGGCGCUGUCUUCGGUCUCAUCAACAUUGUGGGAAACUUCGGCACUGUCUUCGUAGACAAUGGUUAUUGGGUGAGUGCAAUAGCUGCUCGCCCUUCAUCAACCCACAAAGGGUAUUUACUUGGUGGACUCGUGUGGUUCGCUGUACCUUUCUCUCUAGCUACCUCGUUAGGUCUCGGCGCACUAGCCCUUGACUUGCCUAUAUCUAAGGAUGAGGCUGACAGAGGUUUGGUUCCGCCUGCCACAGCCAUUGCUCUCAUGGGUAAAUCAGGAUCCUUGCUUCUUCUCACUAUGCUGUUCAUGGCUGUAACAUCGGCUGGUUCUUCUGAGCUAAUUGCAGUCUCAUCGCUUUUCACCUACGACAUCUACCGAACAUACAUAAACCCUAGAGCAACGGGUAAACAAAUCUUGAGAAUCUCAAGAUCCGCGGUUCUUGGAUUUGGUUGUUUCAUGGGGAUUCUUGCAGUGGUCUUGAACAAAGCUGGUGUUUCACUUGGAUGGAUGUAUCUGGCAAUGGGAGUGCUCAUUGGUUCUGCGGUCAUUCCUAUAGCUUUCAUGCUCUUGUGGAGUAAAGCCAAUGCCUUUGGUGCAAUUCUUGGAUCGACCUCGGGUUGUGUUCUUGGGAUCAUUACUUGGCUAUCUACCGCAAAGAUACAGUACGGACGCGUUGAUCUUGAUAGCACUGGGAAAAAUGGCCCCAUGUUAGCUGGUAACCUCGUCGCGAUUCUAGCAGGAGGGUUGAUCCAUGCGGUGUGUAGUCUACUCCGGCCACAGAAUUACGAUUGGUCGACGACGAGGGAGAUCAAAGUAGUGGAAGCUGAUGCUUCAGGGGACGAAGAAGUUGAUGUUCCGGCCGAAGAACUAAGAGAAGAGAAGCUUAGAAGAGCCAAAGCUUGGAUUGUGAAAUGGGGCCUUGUCUUCACUAUCCUCAUUGUUAUCAUUUGGCCAGUUCUCUCUCUCCCAGCACGUGUGUUUAGCAGAGGAUAUUUCUGGUUUUGGGCAAUUGUGGCUGUAGCUUGGGGAACUAUAGGAUCCAUUGUGAUAAUUGGUUUGCCAUUAGUGGAAAGUUGGGACACGAUCAAGAGUGUUUGUAUGGGAAUGUUCACAAACGAUAGGGUAAUGAACAAGCUUGAUGACUUGAACCAUAGGCUUCGAGCUUUAACCAUGGCUGUACCAGAAGCUGAGAAGAUUUAUUUGCUUGAACUUGAGAAGACCAAGAAAACCGAUGAAGAACGUUGAAGAAAUAUCAUAUUGGGUACACAAAAGGUUGAUACUUUGUUUUUGUUUAUACGCUUUGUUUGGUUGUCUUUUCUUGUUUGUGUGAAUCAUAUCAAAGCUAUAUAUAUCCGUUUGUAUAAUGUGUUCAACAUCUUUGAUAAGUGUAUGUAUAUAUAAACCACAGACAGUGAAAGUUUCUUCAUCGAUGAUUAGUAGAUUGUGAAACAAUGAAUGAAUAAUUCUAAG